AUGUCGUUAGUUGUCCAAGAAGACGGUUCGUUCCAGCACAUCUUGCGUUUGUUGAACACCAACAUUGAUGGUAGAAUCAAGAUCAUGUACGCCUUGACCAAGAUCAGAGGUGUGGGCAGAAGAUACUCCAACUUGGUGUGCAAGAAGGCCGACGUUGACUUGAAGAAGCGUGCCGGUGAGUUGACCCAGGAAGAGUUGGAGAGAGUUGUCACCAUCAUGCAAAACCCAACCCACUACAAGAUCCCAGCUUGGUUCUUGAACAGACAGAAGGACCAGGUUGACGGCAAGGACUACCAUGUCUUGGCCAACAACAUGGAGUCCAAGUUGAGAGACGACUUGGAGAGAUUGAAGAAGAUCAGAGCUCACAGAGGUAUCAGACACUUCUGGGGUUUGAAGGUGAGAGGUCAGCACACCAAGACCACCUCUCGUGGUCGUUAA